UGUUUCGGACCAAACAUAAUUCCCCCGAAAACCCCUCCAAUAUUACAGCGUUUGCCCCCGUAAGGUGGUCAAUAAAUAACGGAGCCCUGCAACGCUUUUCUUCCCUUUCUCACUCCUCUCCUCCUCCGCCUCUAGUUUCAAACAACCCCGUCACUCUGUCGCCGUAACCAUGCUCACCACCCUCCCUCCCUCCGAACCCUUCUUGGGCAACCCAUUCUCCGCCUUUUCUGUAGACUUCACCGCCUGGGAGGACGACUCCCACCACCUCCUCUCCCCGAAACCCGUCACUUCCAGCUCCGGCUCCGACAAACCGGAGCCGGAGCCAGCCGAACCGGACCAACCCGUGGUCUCGGUGGUGGACGAGCGGAAACUUCGGCGCAUGAUAUCGAACCGCGAAUCUGCCCGCAGGUCUCGCAUGCGAAAACAGAGACACCUGGAGAACCUUCGGAACCAGUUGAACAAGUGCAGGGUCGAAAACCGGGAACUGAAUAACCGGUUGCAGUUCGUCUUGCACCACUUUAACCGCCUCCGAACCGAAAACGAAUGGCUCCGGUCCCAGCGAACCCUCCUCCUCCAAAAAGUCGCCAACUUAACCCAAAUUUUGAUUUUCCAACAAUUCCAACAACCCAUCUCCCCUGCAUGGACAUGCAACACUUCGCUCAUCCCAAUUAAUCAAGUUAAUUAAAUCAUAUAUAAUACGCUCUAUGUAAUUGUUAAAAGUUAGAUCAAGAUAAGAAGAUGUUAAAAGGGUGGGAUUUUUGGGAUUGGGAUAACAUAUAUAUAUAUAUAUAUUUAGACUCGGUUUUUGAAAAUAUUUCUUUAUUAUUUUCAAAACCGUAUGCCUUAUAUAUAUAUAUUACCGAUCAUAAUCAGUAUAUUUUGUGUAAAGUAUUAACCUUUUUUUUUUGUUAUUCUACUCUUAGAAUGAGUAUUUUUAUUUUUUUUGGCUGUUGUUAGCUCCUAUUAUGUAUAAUCAUGAUGCACAUAUCAUAGUGGUGCUGCAUAGUCCAAACUCAAAGGUCAAAACUAAUGUCACGUAUUUGUAUGAAUCAAACUGCCAAAAAUUUUAAUCUCGUAUUUAUACAACUUCGAGUUAACGAGGACUUGCCCUAGGAAGAAGGGACGAGAGAGGAAUAUAACAUAAUUUCGACGAAUGCAUAA